ACCAAUCAGGUAAAGACAUCCAGGAAACCGGCGUUUCAUAAGAGGUUGCGAGAUGUCAUGUUUCAUAAACAAAACAGAGAACAACUGUUAACUGUCAGGGAGCUUGCAGAAGAGUCUCGGCGGAUGAGAGCAAAUCUGUCUACAUUUGCUUUGAUGAAGACGUACGUCCUCAGUAUAUCUGCGCUGUCCCUCACAUCGUCGACGACACUAUGAAGCGACUGUACUUCAUCGAGCCCGUCGUCGCGAUUUACGCGUUUGCCAGUUUUAUGCUUUAUCCUCUCAUCCAGCAGUAUGUGUAUCGCAGACUGUGGCUGGAGAUCACAAACUCGACCUAUCCAGUGUCCGAAAACACUUCUCAAUGUGCCGCCAACAGCAGCAACCACACCAGCCGACAAGAGGAGGUGCAGAAAGCAGCUUCUCUGUUCUCCAUGUACACUGAUUUAUCCUCCAUGAUCCCCAGCCUCAUCGUGACCCUCCUCCUGGUGUCCUACAGCGAUCAGCGUGGCCGAAAGAUCACCAUUAUCAUGCCUCUCAUUGGCACUCUGAUCUACACGCUUUCAUUCCUCACCGUCUCGUUCUUCCAGCUCAACCUUUACCUCCUUAUUGUUGCCUCAUUCGUAAGUGCCCUCUUUGGGGGCAUCGGCACCAUGUUAGGUGGCUGCUUCUCCUAUGUGGCUGAUUUGUGUGAAGAUGGCAAACAAAAAACCCUUCGGAUGGCUGUAGUCGACAUGAUGAUUGGCAUGCUGGCAGGUGUAGCUUCAAUCUCCACUGGCUACUUCUUACACGCAGCCGGGUUCAACUGGCCGUUUUUUACCUCUGCCAUAUUUCAGGUCGUUAAUUUACUAUACGCCAUCUUUAUUCUGGAAGAAACUAGAGUCAUUGAUAGAUCGGAGACCUUGGCUUGUUGUCAGGCCUUGCGGAAUCUGGCAUGCAGCAUCUACAGCUUGUUUGCUGGAGGAAGUAGACGAAGAACAUGGGUUCUUGUGCUGUUGAUUAUCACCUUUUCCUCCUUGUCUUUUGUCAAUACUGGAGGUUUGUCCAUAUUCACGCUUUAUGAGCUCAAUGAGCCGCUGUGUUGGACUGAGAUUCUUGUCGGAUAUGGCUCUGCUGCCAGCACAUCUAUUUUUAUUACAAGUUUUGUUGGCGUGUUUUUGUUUUCUCUCUGCCUGCCUAACAUCGCCAUCGCCUUCAUUGGGAUGCUUUCAGUCGCUGUUAGCAUGUUGAUGACCGGCUUCGCCAAGACCACGCUCACAAUGUUCCUCGUGAGAAUUCCUGCUAUGUUUGCCAUCAUGCCAUUCCCUGUCCUGCGUUCGAUGAUGUCAAAGGUCGUCUCAAAGUCUGAACAGGGAGCGCUGUUCGCCUGUGUGGCCUUCACAGAAACGCUGAGCACCAAUGGGUCUGCUGCCAGUUUUAGCAGGAUCUAUGCAGCCACUGUGGCUUGGUGUCCAGGUUUUGUCUUCCUACUGGGUGCCGGACUCUGUCUCAUUCCCAUGAGUUUACUGGGAAUCCUUAAGUGUGUCCAUCCAUUGGAUCCUAAUGACACUCAAGCACUCUUAUCUGAAGAUGGGACUGAAGCAUCAGAUGACCCACCUGUAGCGUAAAAUCAAAGGGAGUACAAGUACCUUCAUCGUUUCUCUGUGUGUUCUUUCCUCAUACCAGGAUAAACUCAGAGCUGAAAACAACUGUGGGUACUCUGUUCAAGCCAAUUUCAACUAUUUGUAGUAUUUUUCAGUCACUGAAAUAUGUUUUUGCUGAAGCUUGUGCUAAUUGUGGUUGUAGAGUGAACCACAACAGAAGGGAAUA